AUGGCGCAAUCUCACCCAAGGACCAGCAGGGAGAGGAAGAACAUUGACCUCCCAGUGACCGCAGUCAGGGCUCUUCUUAACGUGGCACUGUUAAUCACUAUUCUUGUAGGUUUUUACGAGGGAAUUUCACGGCUUGCCGGAGGGGACUAUUACCUCUACUGGUUCCUCGCCCUCUUCUGCUGGCGGUACCUGCGGUUUGUUGUCAACCUGGCCGCAUUCUGGUGUUACUCACCCGCACCUAAGCCGAGCAAACCCACUUACACGCCAUCCAAGGAUGUCACGGUAGUGAUCCCCACUGUUACCACGGAUUUGGAAGCCUUCAAAAACACACUCAGGUCUUGCGCGGCCAAUGACCCAGCAAAAAUCAUUGUGGCGACUGCUGGCGAUGAGCUCUUCGUUGGGGCUUCUUCGUGUGUCGACGCAGUCAGUUCCGAGUAUCCAUACAUACAAUUUGUGGUUGAAACGGCACAAGUUCCCAGCAAAAGGGGCCAGAUAGCCCUUGCUGUGCCGCAUAUCGAGACCGACAUCACGGUUUUGCUUGACGAUCACGUCACCUUGGGGCCGCGCUAUCUCAAAUCUCUGCUCUAUCCUUUUGAGGAUCCAUCUGUGGGUUUAGUUGGCACCAACAAGCGCGUCCAGCGCAAGGAAGGUCUGAAUCUCUGGGGCCGGAUCUGGAACAUGCUCGGCGCCACCUAUCUUUGCCGACACAACUUUGAGAUUCGCGCCACCAACACGGUGGACGGCGGAGUGUUCGUUGUUUCCGGCAGAUGCUGCGCCCUACGCACUGAGAUCCUGCGGCACCACGAAUAUCUUCCCCGCUACACCAAUGAGAGAUUCUUUUUCGACAUGCUCGGCCCCCUGAGCCCGGACGAUGACAACUUCACCACUCGCUUCGCCGUCCGACACGGUUGGAAGAUCAAGAUUCAGUACACCGAAGACUGUGUAAUGCACACGACAAUCGGAGUCGACGCAUCUGCGCACAUCAAGUUCUUAGGCCAAUGCAAGCGUUGGGCGCGGACAACUUGGAGAUCCAACCUCUGCAGUCUCAUCACGGAACGUAGCGUAUGGGCAUCCCAACCGUACUGCGUCUACGCCGUCUAUCUGACGUCGCUAACCAAUUUCGCUGCCGUCACGGAUGGCCUGCUCGUCUACCUCUUCACCCGGUCCUCCGCAUACACCUCCACCGUCGUGCUGGGAGGCUUGGUAGGUUGGAUUCUCUUUACCAAGGUCGUCAAGGUGUUUGACUACUUCCGCCUAAGUUGA